CUGGCUCCGCGCGGCCGCCGUAGAGUCCCCGUUGCCAUGACUUCCAGGUUCCAGCGCGGAGGCGUGACUGUGAGGGGAGAAGAGAGUUUUCGGGCUCGGGGUCCAGCUUCAGGGGACAACGAGCCAGAGAGGCGCCAUGGGCCGGAUCACAGAAGAUCUUAUUAGACGGAAUGCUGAACACAAUGACUGUGUAAUUUUCUCCUUGGAGGAACUCUCCUUGCACCAGCAAGAAAUAGAAAGACUAGAACAUAUUGACAAAUGGUGCCGGGAUUUAAAAAUCCUCUACCUUCAAAAUAAUCUCAUUGGAAAAAUUGAAAAUGUUAGCAAACUCAAGAAACUUGAAUAUUUGAAUUUAGCUUUAAACAACAUCGAAAAAAUUGAAAAUUUGGAAGGAUGUGAAGGACUGAGAAAACUUGACUUGACAGUAAAUUUCAUUGGAGAGCUGAGCAGCAUAAAAACCCUGCAGCACAAUAUUCAUCUGAAGGAGCUCUUUCUCAUGGGUAACCCAUGUGCUGAUUUUGAAGGCUAUCGGCAGUUUGUGGUGGCAACUCUUCAGCAAUUAAAAUGGUUGGAUGGUAAAGAAAUAGAGCGUUCAGAGAGAAUUCAGGCACUGCAGAACUACCCAGUAAUUGAACAACAAAUCAGAGAGCAGGAAAAAGCUUACUGCUUCAGACGAGCCAAAGACAAAGAAGAGGCUGAGAGGAAACUUCAAGAAAAGCAUGAAAAUGAAGACAAGAGGAAGAGAAGUAACCCAGGCUUUGAUGGACGUUGGUACACAGACAUCAAUGCUACUCUCCUGUCUUCAUUAGAGAGCAAAGACCACCUCCAGGCACCAGAAACUCAAGAAGUGGAACACAACAUAAAGAAAUUAGAUGAAAGUGAAGAUGACGACCUGGCAUUCUGGAAUAAGCCUUCUUUGUUUACUCCUGAAUCUAGACUGGAAACUCUUAGACAUAUGGAAAAACAACGGAAAGACCAGGAAAAAUUAAGUGAAGAAAAGAAGAAAGUGAAAUCACCCAGGACUUUGAUCACUGAAGAUGGAAAAGUCCUGAAUGUAAAUGAGCCCAAACUUGACUUCUCUUUGAAAGAUGAUGAAAAACAUAACCAGCUUACCUUGGACCUUGCUGUCUACAGGUACCUGGAUACCUCUUUAAUUGAUGUUGAUGUGCAACCAACUUAUGUGCGAGUAAUGGUUAAAGGAAAGCCCUUUCAACUUGUCCUUCCUGCGGAAGUCAAACCUGAUAGCAGCUCUGCCAGACGGUCUCAGACAACGGGACAUUUAGUAAUCUGCAUGCCCAAGGUAGGAGAAGUAAUCACAGGUAGCAGAAAAGCAUACAAGGCUGUGAAAACCACCUUGGACAGCAGCAGAGAGCAGACAAACAGAAGAAGCAAGCAGAUUGAGAAACUAGAAGUAGACCCUGGCAAGCAUUCAUUCCCUGAUGUGGCUAACAUAGUUCAAGAGGGAAAAAACACACCCAGAAGAGGUAGAUCUGAACCAAAAAUUAUACCAACCGAUGAAGAUCCAGACUUUGAAGAUAACCCCGAAGUGCCGCCAUUGAUUUGAAACGUCAGGCUGCGCUGUCACUGACUGUGACCCUCCCGGCCAUUUGCCCUGUGCAGAGUCUGUGCAUAUCAAAAAGGUAUAAACCUAGAGCUGUUCGUCAUUAUUAUUACUCCAAUGUUUUAAUCUCACAUACUUUGUAUUGUGCUAUUCUUAAAAUAUUUUAAAAUUAAAAUAUGUACCUUAAAUAUGCUGUAAUUGAUCAUUCAUCUAUGAUAAAGUAUUGCCU